GUUCGUUUUGUUAUCAAUCAUGCUUAUCAUUUUACUGAUGCGUUCUAUGAUAGUUCAAUUUCACUGACGCGGCGUCAUCCUUUGCUAGUAGCCAAUCAAAAACCUUCCUUCACCUUUGGUUAUCAAUGACGUCAAGAGCCUUACUUUAAGUCCACUCAGUUUCACGAGAGAUCUCUCGGUGCGGAGACAAGAGGAAAACGAAUACAACAGCAAGGGAGAAUGGGGUGCACACCACUAAAGGCUUGCUUUAAUAACUUUUUCAGGCAUUUUACCUCCCACGUAUUCUCCUGAAUCUCGCGUUGAGUUUAAUUUGUUGUGGACAUUGCGAAUUAUCACGUGAUCUAAACAUUCAGCUUGAUCUGCGAAGCACAGUGACAGAACGAUUCUCUCAUUCAGAAUGGUAUCCUCGGGAAAUGCUAAAGGCGCAUCCACUCCUGGGCACAUCAUCGACGGCCCAGAAAAAUCCAGAAAUCUCUCCUUUUGGGAAAGUUCUCCGGAGCAAGACGUUCGUGGACCGGACUCUCCUCAUCAAAUACGUCAUCGAAAAGGUAUACCCUCCCUACUGUACAUCACUGCUCCCCGGAAGUUCGGCAAGACAACCAACUUACACAUGCUGAACUCGUUCUUCAACCCUAGUCUCAUCCCCAACCCCCACCAAAAGCCGGCGGGAGAAAAAUUCCACCCCUCGUUCUCAACGCCCCCCAGCGGCAGGCAACUGAAAAUCACGCAAGAAGUCGCAGUCGUCGCCGCACACAUGCUGGAGCACCCGGUGAUCUUUCUCGACUUCAAAAAAUUACUCGUUACGGACGUCCGAUCGUUCAAAAACUCCUUCAAUCGGGUAGUUCUGCAACCCGCUUACAGAGCACACGAUUAUCUGCGGAACUCGACAAUGCUGUCUGCCGACGAGCGAAACACCGUCGAGAGGUUCCUAACGUCCACCGUUUCUGAAUCGGCCACCAUCGAAGGGGGUCGUACUCUACUGCACCUGCUCCACAAGCACUUCAACAAAACCGUUCUGGUGCUGAUUGACAAUUUCGACAAACCAGUCCAGGCGAUGAUCACGGAUCCUGUGGUCAGCGCCGUGAAGAUCCAAAUGAUAGUGGAAUACAUCCACGAAUUCCUGAGUCGUUUGCUCCGCCUUGAACUGAUAAUACAGAUCGACAGAGAUCCUCCUCCGCUUUUCUCAGCAGUGAUGACGGGAAGCUCUGAGCUUGCGUCGAUUCUUUGCCCUAAGCUCGGGGUCGAGCUUGUAACUUUCAACGAAGACGAGAUCGCUGAGUAUUACACAUUAUCCCAAGCCGAGGUGGAUACACUGGGCGCCCUUUUCGGCGCUACACCUAACGAGACGGAGUCCUUACGGCAAUGGUACGGAGGCUAUCGCGUCUUGGACGCAAGUCCUAGGGUGUACGGAAUUUACCCUAUUGUAUCUUACUUCAAGCGAGAUAAGCCUGGGAAAUUCAAACCGUACUGGGUGAGAUCCGGGACCCUGGGUAUCCUCCGCUCGCUCUUCAACUACGAAUACCUCGGGAAAAGAAUCCAUUCCUGUGUCUCGGAGGGGAGCACGGCAUUUAUAAGAUCAUCAACGCUCACGCUUCGAGACGUAAUGGUGAUGAAAGAAGUGUUCGAUGCCGAGCUUUUAGGGGACAGACGGUACGGACCAGACGAGUUCGAGAAGAAGAUCGAUGCCGUUCUCAGAUUCUUGCUGGACGAGGGGUACUUCACAACUUUGCGGCAAUUUACGACUUUAAAUCGGACUUCGGUUACAAUAAGUAUCCCAAACUUGGAGAUUCGGUCGGAGCUUCUAUCGGUUCUGUACCGAGCGGCUUACAUUAAAACCGAGAUCGAGAGGCCUACGUUUCUGGAGAUCGGUACGAAUAUCACUUCCGCGCUGGCUGCUGUGAACGAGGCUAACGUUGACGCUAAUCUCCGAUGGUUUUUGGAGAGUUUUACUUCGCUCCUGGAUCGGAGCGACCUACAACCCACCGACGAACUGGAGAUGGCGAUCAUCUUGGGGUCGGUGCUCUAUCUCCGCGAUCCUGACUACAAGACGGUCGAGUUAUUCCGCGAAAAAUAUGAAUACCUGCCGCAGGAGCAUGUUGACGCUCUCAUGGUUGUGAAAGGUCCUGGCCUGAAUCGGAUCGGGUAUGUCAUGGGGAUGAAAUUUAAGUGGAAGUCAGCGGCUGAGGCUCUGCAAGAGACAGUGUCUCAUAGGUAUUCGAAGGUGUUCCAAAAUGAGAAAUUCAGAGGAGAUUUUAAGGAGGACGUGAAUGUUUUCGUUUUGAUAGGGUUGCGCUGUACGGUAACGGAAUGCCGCCUUCAAUAUAAUUACAAUUGUGAUGAUGUGAAUAAACGGUCACAAGUUAUUACUGUUGUUAGACGUGGGGAUGUGGUGCCAAAAUUUGAUGUCCAGCUGGAUAUUGAUUGAAAACCGUUAGGAAAAAAUCGAUCGAGCAGGUCAAAAUGAUGAAGUCAUUUGGGAGAAGUACUUACUGAGGAAGGGAGGAUUUUCACUUUAAAAUAUCGACUUUCAUUUAAAAAAAGAAAGAAACAUGGCCCUGGGACACUGGUAAACGAAUCUGCAUUGAUAGAACACCUCCAGUUGGCAAAAGUAAAAGAAAAAAUUCUGAAAAUCGUUCACUGAGGUAACCACACAGAAACAAGAAACAAGUAGAAAGAUUCAACUAGGUCUGGGGAAGUCUAUCAGCGUAAUAUCAUAUUGUGAAUUGGCCAAUUCUCCUUGAAGAUACCAGUAUGAUAUCAGUGCGCUAUAUCAUGCUAAUAUCACAGUGAUUUCUUAAUGAUAUCAGGCUAGUUUUAUAUAUAUAAAACAUUGUCAUACUGAUAUUGUGUUGAGCCAGCAUGAUAUCAUAUUACUUUGACAUGAUAUCAUACUGAUGUAGACACUAACUGUAACGAUAUGAAAAUUGUGUCAUUAAAAGAUCAAAUUAAUGGCUAAGGUGCGAA